GAAUAUAAGCAAAAGAUGCCUGAAACGAUUCCUUUUCUGGGUAUUUAUGUAUUUCCCUGAAAAGUUAAAAAUGCAGUGAAAAUCAAAAUGGGUACGACAUAAAAUUCAACCAAUCAUGGAGAUAAGUGAACGUUACAGUGUCCGGACAUUAACUAAAUUCGUAAAGAUAUCUACACACUUUAUGAGCAUAUCCCGGUUCCCGAUUCUCUGUGUAUAUGUAUAUAUAACUUUCCAUUUUCGUCUAUAAAUACAUCUUCAUCUUCACCAUUUCAUUUUCCCAUCUGUUAAAUAUCAACCUAAAACUAAACUCAACAGACCCAUUCGCGGAGAGGGUUUAAGAAGAUGAAGUACUCUUAUUCUGCAAUGAUCUUGAUCUCAAUCUUGAUAACACAGUGGGUGUGUGAAGCUCGGGAUUUCGAUUUCUUCUACUUUGUUCAGCAAUGGCCAGGAUCAUACUGCGACACAAAGAAAAGUUGCUGCUACCCAACAAUCGGGAAGCCUGAUUCAGAUUUUGGGAUUCAUGGACUCUGGCCUAAUUACAAGGAUGGUUCAUACCCAUCUAACUGCGAUCCUGAUAGUCCUUUCAACCCAUCUGAGAUAUCAGAUCUUUCGGGCAGGAUGAGGAAGAGCUGGCCAUCACUGGCAUGCCCAAGUAGCAAUGGCUUAGGGUUUUGGACGCACGAGUGGGAAAAACAUGGAACCUGCUCUGAAUCUGUUCUUGACCAACGUGCUUACUUCCAAGCAGCUCUUGAUUUGAAGAAACAAGCUGAUCUCCUCAAAUUUCUUACAGAUGCCGAGAUACACCCAGAUGAUGAAUUUUACAGCUUAGAAAGUAUCAAGAAAGCCAUAGAAGAAGGAAGUGGAUACAGUGCAUGGAUAGAAUGCAACAAAGAUGAAUCUGGGAACAGUCAACUUUAUCAGGUUUACAUGUGCGUUGACUCCUCGGGCUCUGAGUUCAUCCAAUGCCCUAUUUUUCCUCAUGGCAAAUGUGACUCUCAAAUUCAGUUCCCUUCCUUUUGAUUUUCCUUUGAUUCAUGAUUUUUUUCUACUUAUAUGUUAUGUAUGCUUAUUUUUGCAUAUUAUAAAUAAGAAAUCAUUCAAUCGUGUUCAAUCA